AUGAUCUGCAAGGAGAUGUUUCGGAUGGUUCUUGGAGAAAAAGGAAAUAAAGAAGGCGAUUUGGAUCCCCCUUUCCUAUCAACUCCCUUCUGGAAAGGGUAUGUUGAAAUCAGAGGCAAGUGCACUCUGAAGGAAAGAGCAUUUUGGAACUUUAUAAUGGAAGGGGACAACGACAAUGCUGAAAAAACCACAGAAGUCAUCUUUGAAGGAUUACAAAUGGCCUGCACAAGAGAGGAUUUCAAGACCUUCAAGCUUGGAGAGUAUAUUUCAACAACAAUUGUUGAUGCUUGGGCGAUGCACUUGAAUUUCAGAUUCCACAGCUUGAAUAAAAAUAAGAAUAAAUUUUACUUAACAACUAAUGUCAUGGAAUAUGUGAGGGAUGCAGCUGCAAGGAUGAAUUUCGAGUUCACAGAAGAAGGGCUUUCACAACAUGAUAUCAAGAAUAUCAGCCAUCUUAUUGUCCCAGUCUAUUUUCAGACCCAUUUCUACCUCUACUGUUUGGACUUUGAAAAUAAAAAACUAGGCAUUCUUGAUAACUUGGAUACAGUGUUGAGUGGAAAUGUGCCACUGAAUAACAAGUAUGGCGGAACUAAAGAUUUCUUGGCAUCAACAAACAGAAAAAGGUCAUUGAAGAGUACAGAAAAUGUACAAGAAACCCUUCAAGAGCCCGUUCAACAAGCUUACCUUGAAACUGACGGCCAUGAUUGCGCAUUCCCUGUGAUAGGCAGUGAUUCGAGGAAAAAGGUCCACAUGAAGAACAAGUUGGACACUCUGCGGGUGAAGUACUUGGCCAAAUUGAUCGAGUCUCCAAUAAACCAGAAAUCAGAUGUUGUCCGAGAGGAUUUGAGUAAUUAUUUCGCUGAAAAGACAAUCGAGUGA